AAAACAACGCCGUCGGUGUGAUGAAACCAGGCCACUGCUUCACCAUCGAACCGAUGAUUUCGGAGGGAUCCUGGCGCGAUGUAUCCUGGCCCGAUGAUUGGACCGCUGUCACCGCGGACGGCCUCUUUUCGGCCCAGUUCGAGCAAACGCUGCUGGUCACGGAAACCGGUUGCGAUAUCCUAACCCAGCGAAGAAACGCCAAUGGACAACCCCAUUUCAUGGACAAGCUUUAAGAGAGCAGCCGGAAGCUGCGCCAGCUUUGUCCACCACCAUUAUUAGUCAUCAUCAAGUUGUUGUGCUUUCUUUUAGUCCUACCCGGAAGCAAUAUAGGAAUUGUCCCUCAUUUAACGAGAAAAAUAUUGCGAUGCUUUGCAAAACACUUUUGUAAUAUACAGAAAAUGGUUAAUAAAAACUAACAUACCUGAACCAAAAA